CCUCCCUCUGACUGUCAGCAGUGUGGUGUUGCAGAGUCCUUGAGCUUCACUCAAUGUGAACGUUGCUAUCUUUGAGAACUGAUCUCCGCUUGGACUUUGCCAGCUUACGACUUGUCAAGUGCCAGGUGGGGAGUUACAAGAACCAAAGCAUUGCUAUAGAACGCGGUGAUAAUUGUAUCACUGUAUCACUCGCCGAUCAUCGAACCUCCAACAUGUCAUCGGUACAAGUCAUUUACCAUCAGAAGAUCCACAAUUAUCUUUUAAACAGCUUCCCCAAAGACGACCUUCCAGCCGGUAAGCAUCUUCUUCGUAUACCUAGAUACAAGUAAACACACUGUGAUCAUGGCUAGUUUGUUAUUAUUAUUAUUAUUCUAUGUUACUUACUAGCUUGCAUAACUCCUGAUUUAAACGUAUGGCAGCCGGGGAAACCAUUAGUGCAUUGCCGAAAGGGUUUAUAGGAUGAGAUGUGCUGCGUAGCUAACCAGUAUUUUGCAGAUCACAAGAUCGUAUAAAUAUUUAUGCAGAAUCCCCUUCACAGCAUGCAUCACACAACUGGACUUCUGCAUCAUAUGCACCGGGAUUUAAUUAGGCAAAAAAAAAAACAUCUUGUGACACUGACAAGUACCUAACUAACCAAAAUACUGGAAUAUCAUGUGAUUCCCACAGUAGCUAUUGGGAAAAUAAAUAAAUAAAACUAGCUGUGAUGCGUAAUUUUUUCAUCUCAUUAAUAAAGGGUGUUGUACUAGGAGAUGAAUUGCGGGGAAGCCCAGCACUGCAAACAGGGAAACACAUCACGACUCUAUGAAAAUAACAAGCAAUUCGUGACAGGAAUUUCUCAUGUUCCCCACGCACUGCCUUUGAAGGGUUCGGACAUAUUCUGUAGGGUAGUCAAAUAUUUACAAAAAAUUUUGUAACACUGAGGGGGGUUUCAAAUCGCUGUAUCGGUGACAGUUGAUGGUUGAUAGGACCGAUGAUAGGGAAGAUUUAUAAAAGUGCUGUUAUAAUGGAAGUGGGGCAAAGAGCAAUCCGUCAACAGAAUGUUCCUAGGGAUUCCAUAGGUUUCCAUGGUGACUGCUCCACUUUAAGAACUUUGCUCCACUAAUUAAGAACAUUUUUAUAACCUCCAUCAUGGAUGUGUCUUGUAUAUAGAUGUUAUGUUGCAUUAUUGAUAAACAUAAAUUGCUAUAGCUGGUUAAUCUGUGCAUUUGCUUAUUAUAUAAUAAUUAAUUUGUACAUUUAGUGAAGAUUUGAGGGCAUUGACCUCUUGCAUUGUAAGUGACAUGGGGUACCCCUACUCCAAAUUAUUAUAAACCCACAUCCAAUAGAUGAUUUAUUUGCAGACAUAUGCAGCUAAAACAUAGCUAAUAUUUAUUUUAUAUAGUUUUAAAAAUAUAUAAAUUUAUAUUAUGAUUAUCCUACCCAUCACGUUGCAAGGGACUGGGCCACCAUACGUCAUCCUACAAUAUGCGAUGUCACUCUAUAAAUUAAGGUUUAUGGGGGAAAUCUUUUCAGGAGUUGAUGGAUUGCACCAGCCGAUAUAUUUUAAAAUGCAGUUACAUAACAAAGGGUCCCCCAUACCCUGUGAAUUCUUUUAAAGACUCAGUGCUUCUAUAAGCAAGCUGGAAUGUUCGCAGUUUCAGUACUUAAAGGGUUCAAGCAGGAUAAAUUAGAGCAUGUUAACUCGUUCAUUGCUUUUUUUUUUUUGUUAUUGUCCUCAGACAUUUUAAAGUUAAAAAUGUUGCAAUAUGGAUAGUAGGAAUAGAUGUGUUUUUAAGGCUCGUAAAACUGCAUGAUAAUCAUCAAUUGCAGGCAAACGUUUAUGGCUUUUAUUAUUUUUUUAUUUUUUGCUUUUGACGGUAUACUAGUUCUCAGUGUUGUGGGUAUUCCUGGAUUUGAAACCUCUUUAGAUUCAACAUAUAUAAAAUUUUACAGGGCAUUUCCGAGUGUGAAGAGGUUAAAACAGGCUCUGUAAAACGUUGACAUAAUUUCUGUGAGAUUUAGACCUGGCAAGAAAAAUGACAACAUUGGGCUCAUGCCUGGCGCCUAGUGGCUGCAGUUCAAAUCAAGCUGAACAAACUAUUUAUUUAUUCACAUACGAUUGGUUACACAGCUAAUUAACAUUACAAAUGAGGAUGUUUCACUGGGUUUAUUCGCUAAACAGUUAAUCAAAAUCUGAAAUUCAGCUAUAAAAGAUGUAGUAAAGGAGUGUGUGUAUGUAGUUUGAGAUUAGGAUACUGUUUUUUGGACUGCACUCUCAUCAUAGGUAUGAUGUUAAAAAAUAUUUUCUCUCUCUAGUUCACUAAAUCAGCAACUACUGAAAUAUGUCAGGGUUCACAUUGACAUGUAAAACGUUCUUAUGAAAAUCCCACAUUUUUUGUAGUCUGCAGAUUAGAACACUAAUAGGAAAAUAUUACAAUAAAAAAAGUAUUGUGCAUGUGACCAUAAGCAUAUAGUAAAUGAUUUAAAAAUGCACAUUAGAUGACACCUCCUAUGAUGCUCAGGCAGUGUCAUGGGGAAAAUGCGUAUUUAGCAACUUCACUACUAUAGAGAUGAAUGGUCACAUUUCUGUGCUAUAUAGUGAGGCACAGAGGGGGGCCAAAGCCAGUGUGGACCACCCACUUCUUGUUAUAUCAGAUGGCUGUACCCGCAGCCCCCCUGUUCAAUCAGCCUCAUGUGAACUCAAAUUUGGCGCCUUUAUCAGAACACAUUCUCACCCUACAGGAAUGUGGAAAGGGAGGGGGGUUGCCCUAAUUAUGCUGUGCCUUUCAUGAUAACUAGCUACUAGCUUGCAUGCAGCUCUUCAAACUGGUCAAGCAACAUCAUUUGCAAAUGUUUAAACUGGCUUCUGGCAAAAAAAAUAAAAAUAAACAACUAUAAAUAAAUAUUACACAACAGAAACCACUUCACAAAAUUAUUGACUUAAUUAUUAGCUACUGGUGAAAAAAAUAUAUUUAAUAUUUUUUUUUUUUAAUUUUAUAUAUAUAUUUAUAUAUUAAGUAAAACGUAUCCCCCCACCCCGCUCCAGCCUAUGAUGCUUUGCUAGGUGUUAUAAUGUACUAUAAGUGGCGGUAUGGGGGGGGGAGGGGGGGUUCUACUAUAGGUGUUUAAGAUUAUAAAAAAAAAAAAUUUUUUAAGGCGGGUCCUUAUGAGGGAAAUGACAAUAGCUCAGCACUAUUGUUAUUACUCCCAUGCUGCCCACUCAUUCUUCUCUGCAUUCAAAUAGAACCAUGCCUUCCCUGCGUUCUGAUUGGCUGCCGGAGAGAUAGUGUCAGCCCUCCCAAGACGCGGGAAUGGAAUACACUAAGGCGGUGAUGAGGGGGGCGUUCCUAUUGGUUUACGCUCCGCCGGCCAUAGAGCUGAAGUCGGGCUGUGAUUGGCCAGCGGUCUCCGCCUGGGGGCGGGAAAGAGUCCCUAGCGCUGAGCCCUGUGGCCGCACGUGGUUGCUGGCUUCUGUAACCGGCAGUGGCUGCUUCAGGAGCGGAGCCGGCAGCACGCCGAUCCCACACUGCCUCAUCUGUGGAGCGGGUGGCCAUGCUGCUCAGUCCUCCGGCGCAUCUUGCCUCUCCUCCUCCUCACAUGGCUCUGGCUUGUUACUACCUGCCCUCACCCUCUGGUACCGGCGGCAUGUCCCCAGCAUCACCCAGCGUGGCAGAGCCACAGGCGGCCAGCCUGCAAGGUAAAUGGCCAUCAGCCCUGAAAUACAUACAUGCUCUCCGCCAUGGCUUAUGCAGGCGCCAUGUGGCUCAGCAGUGCCCGGUUACCCUGAUAAUGGGUGGAUGUGACUAUUGUGUAUCCAUCACUGGCAACGUGUGUUGAUGGAUGCAGCCCACAUACUAACACACAUACACACGUGUUUGUGAAGGCUGCUCUGUGUUGUAACAGAAUGGGAUUUUAAUACGGACACACAAGAAGACGCUGGUCUGUCUGUAUCCCCGUGUGAUCUAUUUAAACAGUGCUGUGCUAGGUUUUUAUAAAGCGCAAUGCACACCACGUGUGCUUCCUCACAAUUGUAUUCUGCGCUUUGGUAUAUGUUGGCGCAGUGGCAUUUAUAUAGUGCACGCCCAGUGUCUGUAUAUACUAUUCGUUUAUAUUUUCUGAUCCUCCGCUGCUUUAGGGGGGGGAAUGGAUUUUCGUGGGAGGUUGUAUUGAUUCUGCAGAAAAUGUCACACGUUUGUGUUCAUUUUGUACAACGCCGUGGUAUAUGUGCGUGGCAAGAGGAUCAUCAGUAAUAAUUUGUGUUGGUCUUUUGUCCAAUCUAGUUAAAAUAAAAAUAAUCUCUAGUUUUGAUGCUUUACAUAGUCGGCAUGCACACGUGUUUCCCUUUACUUCGCUCUCCGCCAAGGUAUAUGUCCGCGCCAGGUGGGAUGAUAAUUGCUAAUGCUUAGUUUUCAAGGGAUUGUUCUGCUAUUGCUAGGAUGUAUGGACUUUAGACACCGGUACUUUAAAUAUCUUGUUACAUGAUAUCUAUGUAAGCGCUUUAUGCAAGUAACAAAUGUGGGAGUAUGAUUAUUUCUGUAUCAGAUUGCAAGUCGACUAAUGGGUAUCAAUGAAUUGUCGGACUUACUUUGGUACGAACUAUAAACAAAUGCUUGUGAAAGUACACUAGUCAAUAAAUAUAUAUAUACAGUAUAUUUAUACGAUAUAAUUACACUUGGUAUUGGCAUUGAAUUGCAGAGGAUGUGUAGUUUCAGAUCCAUAAAUGUCAUUCCUGUUCAUAGUCUGCUGGUGUACAUUUUCCCGUUCAUGCAUUGAUAUAACUGGUUUAUGGAUGUAACCGCAAUUUAUAAAAUACUGAACAUUCUGUGGAUCUUGUCUGUGUUCUAAAUGUACCUGCUGCAGGGACGCUGCAUCCAUUGAUUUGUAGGGGGUGGGGGUGGAGUUGCUCUGCAGAGGUUUUGAAACAGAUUGGGUGGGAGGUGCAAUUGGGUGGUCUCCUCCUGAGGGAGGGGUUUCCCCGGGAUACCCGCAGAGCUUGGAAUGGAUUCGCCUCCUCUGCAGGGAGUCUCCCUGGUCUCUACUGCCUCCUUAUUAACCCCCAUCCUGCACAUUCCUCCCUCUCUAUCUUACUGACCUUGCAGAGACAUCAUAAUAAAAACAUCAGGCUUUCUGCAUCAUGAGUCACAAAUUAUACCUGUUUGAAUGCAUGAGUAAUUCUCUCAUCCACUGAGAUAACCAAUUAAUCUCUGAAAGCAGAGGGGGAAGUGGGGGGAGAAUAGGAUGGGGUCUGUGCUGUCCUUCCAUAUAAACUGUACACCAUGAACCACUUCCAGAGCCUGUGAAUAUGGAUAUUAUUGCAGUAUCUGUCUAUAAUAAGCUUGCAGGUAUAUUGGAUAUCUUGCUUUUGGUCCGAAUACUUAACACUUUUUUAUAUAUGUUAUGGCUAGUUACUUACCAGGAUAUUUUUUUCCUCCUCUUUUUAGUGAAGGAACCAUUUGAAAACUGCUAUCGAGUGGGACAGGUUAUUGGAGCUGGCGGUUUUGGCACAGUAUAUUCUGGAGUCCGGAUUGCUGAUGAUUUGCCUGUAAGUUGUAGGGGAAAUGUGUAGCUUUUUUUUUUUUUUCUCUCAUACAAUUUGUUGUGUUUAACAAAUAUAUAAAAUACCAGUCUUGUCUCAGUAUUUUCCAUUGCCCUUAAGAGAUAUUUGAUGCUUUUUGUAUAUUUUCAUGGAGCAAAGCGUGAGUAAUAUUACAGAAGACAUUUCAGCACUAUGUAAUUUAAUGUAUUGUAAUAGUGUGUAAUACAACAUUAUAUAUGCUCCUGCUUAAAUUUUUAUUUUAGUAUUUGGGCCUCUUUCUCUAAAAGAUGUUUAAUCCAGUUAUGAUGGUUGACUAUCCUUAAAAUCUUUAAAGCCAAAUUGGGAAUUUAACUUUGGGUCUUGCUUUCUCUUUAAUACUAUGUUUUUUUUUGUUUUCAAAAUUUUUAGUGGUGAAAAUCUUUUAAAUUGGUAUUUUUUUUGUUUUUUGUUUUUAUAGGUUGCAAUCAAACAUGUGGCUAGAAACCGGAUUUCAGAGUUAAAACAAAUGGUAAGUUUCAUUUUCUAAUGUUAUGGGUAUUAGGAUUAUUGGGAAAUAUGCUAUUAACCUAGGGGAAAGAGCGUAUGCAUGCAAUAUUUCUGUGGGAUUCUCAUAGUAGCAAUGUUUUUUGUUCUUGCAGAAUGGGACACUAGUUCCACUUGAGGUCUAUCUCCUGAAGAAGGUGUCUACUGGCAACCGUGGGGUUAUCCAGCUCUUAGACUGGUACGAAAGACCAGAUGGCUUCAUCAUUAUUAUGGAACGACCUGAACCUGUGCAGGACCUAUUUGACUUCAUCACAGAGCGAGGUGCUUUGGGCGAAGAACUGUCGGCCAAGUUUUUUCGACAGGUGGUUGAAGCUGUCCAGCAUUGCCAUGCACGUGAUGUUGUGCACAGGGAUAUCAAGGAUGAGAACAUCUUGGUGGACCUUCGGACUGCAGAAUUGAAGCUUAUUGACUUUGGAUCUGGUGCAUUACUCCGGGAAGCGGCUUACACAGAUUUUGAUGGUAGGCUAUAAACAUUAUUUUGCUUAAAUAUUAAUAUUCCAAAUUGAUAAUUAAAGAAUCUGUCUCGAUGGGCUCUUCUACGUAUAAUCUGAAAUUAUCCAUAUAACGAUGGCACUUAGAGACUAAUUUCUGUAGUAGAACAUUAAUAUAAUAUAUAUUUUCUAUUGGAGCAUGUAACAGUUUGUUUGGACAUCACUCAGUUAUGUCUUAAAAAUUUUACUCCAGAAAACAGUAAAUUGACACAUCAUCUCAAAAGGCUGGAUUAUGGUGGCAGUGUCAAUGGCAUCUAAACUUUUCCUUUUUUUUUUUUUUUUAUGAACAGGUACUCGUGUGUACAGCCCUCCAGAAUGGAUCCGCUUCCAUCGGUAUCAUGGCUGCUCUGCCACGGUGUGGUCCCUUGGCAUCUUGCUCUAUGACAUGAUCUGUGGAGACAUUCCCUUUGAGCAUGAUGAGGAUAUUUUAAAGGGCAAAAUCCAUUAUCGUUGCAGAGUGUCACGAGGUAAGCUUCCAUCUUUCUACACCCUUCUUUAUGGCCAAAAGAAUAUUUAAAAUCUGAACUUCCAUAGACAUGGCUUAGCGAAACAGGUGUUGUACCUCUGCAGUAUUCCAUUACCAAUUAGUGUGAAUACCUUCUUCGGCUUUGGAGAAUGUACACAAAAAAGACAUUUUAGGUUUAGUGCCUCUUGUAGUUAGAUCUAAACAAUUCACCUUCUGCAACUGUGAAGAUAACUUCAGCCUGUAUUGAGCAUUGAAUGAUUGACUGUUCAUGGCACUAAGGGAGUCUUAAUUAUCAUGCUGACAGAUUUGGUUAUGCAAUGAAAUCCUAGUUACUAAAUUUGCUGUAUUGUUUUCUUGCAGAAUGUCAGCACCUGAUUGAGUGGUGUCUGUCCAAGAAGCCUUCAGAUAGGCCAACUCUGGAGCAGAUCCUCUCACAUCCUUGGAUGUCUCAAGACCACAUGGUGGGUCAACAGGACAAUGGGAAAGUGUCACGAAAGGUGGACCAAGAGCAAACAAGUACAAGCCAAGAAAACCUGUGAUUCCAUAGAAUUUUAAGCGACUUAGGAAAGUUCUGACAUGCCGCCCUGGUUUGGGUGGGCUGGCAUGGGACUACGUCCGGUAUGGAAGCUGGGAUUCCCGGGGCGGGCAGAUGGAGCUGUCCCACCAGAGAAAAAUACCUCAGGGGAUUCCAGAAAGGGACUCUGUGAAAUGGCGACCUCAGACUUUAAAUUUCAUUUUUUUUAGAGGACCCGAUCUUCCCAACGGAAUGAUGCAGAAGGCAUUGAAGUGUAAUAGGGGUCUACUGGCCUGUAUUUGUGCUGGGUUCUACUAGCAUAUGUUGACUUUGUAAAAAUUUUAUUCUAUACACUCACAGGAUUUGGGGGAUAGUUUGCCAAUGGAACUGUUAACAUAUAUUUGCUCAUUCUGAAUAUGCAUUCACUUACUGCCAGUAUGAGGAAUGAUAACUGCAUCAUAUUUUAAUUUAAAGUGUUUUGUUUUCUGUGUUCUCUUCUCCUCCCAGCUUGUUUUUGAGAGGUUAGUCUUCAUUUCAAGUGGAUGUCUCUUAAAAUACUGACAGUUGUCAACUUGCACAACAUUUUAAGGUUGAAAAAUGUAGAUUUACACUGAGAUGUAGCUCAACAUUUUAAGAUCUAAUAAGUGACCUCUGCUUACAUAGAGCCAUGUGUAUUUUUUAUUUUAUUUUUUUUAAUAUGUAUAUAUUUACAUCCCCCUCCCUCAACCAACAGCCUGUGACUCCACACAUUUUUCUUUUUAACUGGGAUCUGGUUGACUGAGUGCCUCAGUUCAAGUUGUCCCAGAAUUUUAAGUGUUUUUGCUGCUCUUCUUUGUGAUUUUUUUUUUUUUUAUUUUUUUUCCCUCCAUGAAUCCUUGCUGCUAGAUAUGAGUGGGGACUGCACCAAGGAGCAGAAUGGGUUAACUUAAUCCUUCCUCAGGGAGCUGGUAUGAUGCUGGUAAUACUGGCUGAACCUGCAUUGAUUAAUGCUGGUUAAACAUGCUUUGCAAGCAUAUCCUCUAGUUGAAAGUGUGUAUCUGCUGUGCACCAAUUGGUGACUGCAGGUGUGGUUUGAAGUUAAUUUACAAGGAAUGUUACCCAUACUGUAAACUUUAUUUCCACCUCUGCCUUAAACUUUAUUUUAAACACAUUGUGGUAUGACCAAUAUUUGUUAUUGUGGGGAUUUUUUUUAUACACUUAGUGGAGGGGAAGAGAUGUAAUGUUUUUACAGAAGCAAUGCAAUCUGCUGGCAACUAAGGUGGCAAAAAGAUGCUACUGGCGUUCUAGCUCUUUACGAGAUACAUUAAAUUUAGUUAUGUAAGUGUCAAGGCUUGAAUAUCUAGGUAGGCCUUAGGGCAAGUACAUUUCAUGCUACUCUAUUGAGGGGCGGUACUGUUCAGGAAUGACAUUUUGUCCCAUCUGUUGUAAGUAAAGGGGUUAAAGUACUGUUCUGGUUUAGAAUAAAUUAGAAAUUGUAACCUAACUACAACUCGCAAGGUCCUUGAAUAAUCCUAUUUAUGGCACCAAUUGGUGGAAAAAUUGAGUUAUUUUGACAGCUGUCUUCUGCAGGGUUGCCUGUAAUUGCACCUGAUUGCGGAGACUGAGCAACUCUUAACUUUUCCACCCAUACCUCCUUCAUAGGCUUGUAUAUAUCCAUACUAAAGGCCUAUAUGAAUAAUUUAUCCACAAUAGCCGUACAGAUUAUAUAUGCCCAAGCGAGGGAACCAUCUUCCCGUUUGUCAUUUAAAUGUGCUGGCAAUGGCAUGAAGUCAAUUUUAUUUAGGUAGGUUGGCAUUGUAAAAAAUCCUGUAAAAUUACAUUUCCAGACAUUUUACAAAACAAAUUCAAAUAAAUGGUCACAUUGAAGUUGAGGGCAAGAAUAUGUUUACAUUAUUUAAAGACCUCUCACAAAGGAGCCUUUCUUUCUGUGGAUGUGGCUAAUAUAACUGCAAUAAGCAGAUGCUAGUUCCAUGUCACUACUAUAAUUUAUAAAGGCAUUUUUUUCCAGGCAUAUUACACCUUCAUCACCAGGGAAGCUGAUAUAAUUAUUGAUCAUUCCCAGACUGUAUGGAAACAUUGAGUUCUAUUGGACCCCCCUCUUGCAACAAAAGGGGUUUAAGGUUUAUUUUGGGUACAGUCUGUACCUUCAGUGUUCACUGGUCAUGUUCUAACUUAUUUAAUUUAAUCUGUCGUGUUUUUUGUUUUUUUUUUCGUUUUGUCCUUGUUCUGACUUUUUUUUUAUUUUUUUUUUUAUUUAUGAAGACUCUUUGAUUUCCUAUUUUGAAUACAGACUUAACGGUAUUUAUAAAAACUUUGUUACAUUCUGGAGAUCAGAUUUUUGCAUUUUGUCAGUUUUAUUUAAGUGUUUAAUGUUAUCUAUUUUCUUUUAAUAAAAGUUUUUGUUUUUUUU